UUCCUCCUUUCAUUAGUUUUCCUUCACGAGAGCUAUUUUUAUUCGCCAAAUUAUCCAUGUUAGCUGGUAGAGUAACGCCUGAUGUUGCAUUUGUUUCAGGAAUAUUGUAAUCAGAAACAUGACUAUUUUGGCUCCUCUUAAUGCCCCUAACACAGAUGGCAUUGAUGCAGACUCCAGCUUGAAUGUCUGCAUUGAAGAUUGUUACAUUGAGAGUGGUGAUGACCUUAUAUCAGUGAAAAGCGGGUGGGAUCAGUAUGGUAUGAAAAUGGCUCGUCCAAGCUCAAACAUCAUUGUAAGGAGAGUGAAAGGCACAACCCCAACAUGCUCAGGGGUUGGUAUCGGCAGUGAGAUGUCUGGAGGUGUUUCUAAUGUCCUCAUAGAAGACUUAUAUGUUAGAGAUUCCGCAGCUGGUGUGCGGAUUAAAACUGAUAUUGGCAGAGGUGGAUACAUCGUCAAUAUUACGAUAAAUAACAUGAGAAUGGAAAGAGUGAAGGUGCCCAUUAGAUUUAGCAGGGGAGCAAAUGACCACCCUGACGAGAAAUGGGAUCCUAAAGCACUACCUAAAGUAAGAGGUAUUUUUAUCAGUAAUGUGGUCAGUCUAGAAUCAAAGAGACCUCCCUUGCUAGUAGGCAUAGAGGAAGCACCAUUUGAGGACAUACACAUGAAAAACAUCAGUUUAUUUGGGCUAGCCCCAUCUAUGAAGUGGAAUUGUGAAUUUAUCUCUGGUUCUAGCUGCAGUGUUUUCCCUGCACCAUGUUCUCAGUUGCUGAAGAAUGAAUCAACAAUUCAGUGUCCAAAUUGAUGAAGCCUAGUGUUCCUUCUUCGCAACAAGCUUGGAUCGUCGGAAUUUCCAACUUGAAAUGAAUUUGAAUCAAGUUGCAAUUGAGAUGAUUUUGCCUUCGUGCAUCAGCAUGAAUCUCAAUGCACUUCUGGAGCACAGUCAUGCCUGACGAUCCCUAUUGCCCCAAACAUCAGCAUGCAAUCCUGCCCCGGAUCGAAUCUAAGCUCCCGUUUGACCAUAGAUUUUGAACUUGAAACUUGAAAAAAUGAGUUUUUGGAGUAAUGAAUUUUGGAAUUUGAAGUUGUGUUUAGACGUGCAUUUUACUUAGAAAAAAAUUGAAAUUAUGGAAGUCUUGAAAACUUGAA